CACCCGUCAGUUUCACAAAAUCGGUUGGUGUGCGUACGUUAUGUGUUGCUUUUUUCAUUUAUUUACAUAUCAGUUAAUCUUCACUUAAAGUGUAAUAACUUCCAAAAACUAAUUCCAAAAGUGGUGGUGCGGGAGUGAAAGAACGCCGUUUCAGUUUGGAUUACUUCGACUACUUUUGCUGAAUUGAUCAGGUGUGGCGGGUUGACGAUGUCCCACCACAGCGAUGACAACAUGCUCAUAGCCACGAGCGACUCCUUCUGGGAGCCCAGCAACUACAAGAAGACUACGAAGCGCAUCGAGGAUGGCUACAAGCUGUGCCAGGAGCUGAUGACGCUCGUGAACGAGCGGGCGGACAUCGAGAAGAAUUACGCCAAGGCGCUGAAGGCGUGGUCGAAGAAAUGGAACGACUCCAUUGAAAAGGGGCCCGAGUACGGUACCACGGAGGCCGCCUGGAAAGGCGUCUUGGUGGAGGCCGACAGGAGGUGCGAUCUGCAUUCCAAAAUUAGGGAUAAUUUGGCCAAUGACGUCUUGAACAAGAUCAAGCAAUGGCAGAAGGACACAUAUCACAAGUCUAUGAUGCACAUAAAGGAGAAGAAGGACAUGGACGACGCAUUUAAGAAGGCGCAGAAGCCCUGGGCGAAGCUCUUACAGAAAGUGGAAAAGGCCAAGACUGACUACCACACGGCGUGCAAGACGGAGAAAUCUGCCGCCAACCAGGAGAGAAACGCGGCCGGAGACAGCUCGUUCUCUGCGGAUCAGGUAAACACGGUGAAAAAAAUGCAAGACAGAGUGCAGAAAUCCAAAGAAGAGGUUCAGAAAUGUCGAGAGAAAUACGAGUUGGCCCUUCAAGAAAUAAACCAGUAUAAUCCGAAGUACAUGGAGGAUAUGACGGUUGUGUUCGAUAAGUGUCAGGAAUUAGAAGCUCAAAGGCUGAAUUUCAUCAAGGCAACGCUCUUUGAAAUACACAAAUAUCUUAACGUUUCGCAGGACCCAACCUUGAACCAGAUAUACGAAGAACUUUACCACACGAUCAACAACGCGGACUACGAAAAAGACCUGAAGUGGUGGUCGAACAACCACGGCGUCAAUAUGGCCAUGAACUGGCCGCAAUUCGAGGAUUACACCGAAGAGUUUCGUGAUAUUCAUAAGGGAAAAUCGAAAGACUCGUCCCCGUCCGGAAUUACUUUAAUCCAUCAAAGACCCGUUGGAGAGGAUCUGCAUGACUACUCGGCUACUCAGAAAUCCGUCAAGAAGGCUAUGGCGGCCAAGCCAAAUAACGCACCGGUGACGCAGGAAAAGGAGGUUAAACAGACUGUGGAGAAAACCGAAAGUCCGGCGAACCGAGGAUCCACAAUUACGAAUGGAUCGACCAACAAAGCAAACGAGUCCAACCCGUUCGAAGAGGAGGACUGGGAGGAGAGCGAUGCACUCGUAGACAAUGGAGAACCCGGCGUUCCCGUCAAGGCGCUGUACGAUUACGAAGGUGCGGAAAACGACGAGCUCAGCUUCAAAACAGGAGACGUGUUCGAGAAACUGGAAGACGAGGACGAACAAGGCUGGUGUAAGGGAAGAAAAGACGGACGUGUAGGGCUGUACCCGGCUAAUUAUGUAGAAGUGGUUUCCCAUUAACAGCGUUGAGGGUAUAAAAGAAAGUGUCAAAAAUGUUAUAUUUUGUUGUUAUUUUUUGAGAAAUUUAUAUAAGGGGCUAUUGCUCACAUAAACGUAAGAUACUAUAGUGUGCGAAUGUUGACGAGUGGUUUUGUAGCACUGUACAAAUAAACAUAACAGUAUAACAAGUGGUAUAUUAAUAUUAUUUAUAUUUAUGCUAAAUACGUAAGGCACUAUUAUAAUUUAUAUCGGUCAAAUUAGAGGAAAUCGGUUUUCAAGUUAUUUUUCGACAGGUAUGUGCUUCGAAGGACCAAAUCAUGAGUGGGAUUUAACUGUGUGGCGAAAUUUUUUUAAAGAUACACGUAAUAUGAAAUUUCCCGACGUUCUAUUCGGUACAUAAACGAAAAGAAAUUUCUUCUAAUUUGGUAACUUAUUUAUAACUCAUAGAUAGAAUUCACUAUAACAUUACAUUCAUGUAAAUAAAAAUUUGACUAAAUCGAGACACUUCCAGUGGAUAUGUAACUAAUUGUACGUAUAUUAGUUAUAGAUGUGUAUGUAAAUUAUUAGAAAAUGUUCUAAGGAAAGCAGCUUUGUAUAUAUAUUCUAUUAUAAUAAAUAAACGAGUUUAUUUUAGA